UUCGCACCAUGACUUCCGGUAUGAAUUAAAAUGGACGUUGAAGAUCUUUGGAAUUUAUUGGCAAUGAGUAAUACAGUGCUUCUAACUAAUCCUGUGAAUGAUGAAGAAUGAGACACCAAUUUUAUAAAACAACGAAGUUUUUCCUCUCUUUUGAACAUAAUCAUUUUCUUGAAAAGGGAAGAUGUAAGGUCUAAGUCGCGAUGUUCUUAUCUGUAGGAUGGAUGAACAAUCAUUGAAUGAAUUGCUUGAAUGUUCUGUGUGUCUUGAACGUUUAGAUCACACAAGCAAAGUUUUACAAUGCCAACACACAUUUUGUAGACGUUGUUUGGAUGAAAUCUAUAGCACAAAACGCGAACUUCGCUGUCCAGAAUGUAGAACUAUAGUUGAAGUACCAGUGGAAGAGCUACCCUCAAAUAUUUUGCUCAUUAGACUGUUAGAAGGACUAAAAACUAAAAAUUCUGAGCGAUGCAGGUCUCCAAGAAGAAAUCAUGAACAUUCCUCCUUUUGGGAUCACACAUCAAAACAGCAGAUUGGAAAUUCAAGUCAGCCAUCAGCCAGAGCACUGUACAAUUAUGAAGCUUCAGAACAAAGUGAUCUGUCUUUUAAGAAAGGGGAUGUCAUAUUACUCAAGAGACAGGUGGACGAGAAUUGGUAUCAAGGGGAAUCAAACAACCAGCAAGGAUUCUUCCCUGCAUCUUAUGUCAAGGUGAUUGUACCCUUACCUGUGACUAUACCUCAGUGCAGGGGUCUGUAUGACUUUGACGUGGAGGAGGAAGAUGACAAGAAAGACUGUCUGUGUUUUAAGAAGGAUGAAAUACUGACUGUGAUAAAAAGAGUGGACAGCAAUUGGAUUGAAGGGAAAAAGGGAGACAAAAUCGGGAUAUUUCCAAUAUCUUUUGUUGAGUUGAAUGAUAGUGCAAAAGCUUUGAUCAACUCCAAGAAUUCCACAAACAGUUUGGGUGGAGGUGAUCUUCUGUCACCCCCUAACACCCAGUUUCUUAACCCCGCCUCUUUGGCGGGGCAACUCCCACAACAGAAGCGACAUUCAUUUACUGCCACGCAGGACACGCCCACUCAAUACCAACAUAACCGCAGAUCUCUAGAGCUGAGCAGCAAAGGAAAUCUAGUGAUCCCACCAACAUCUGUAUCAGGCCAAGUGAGAUCCCCACCCCCUCUUCCAAGGACAGGGCCAGAGAGGCCCCUCAAUGUCACAGACCAGGCAGGGGGAGGCAGCAGGGAGAAGACAUCUAGUAGGGGAGCUUCAUUACUGCAAGAAGGCACCAGAGUGGGGUCUUCUAAAACCAAAAUCUUUGUUGCCUUGUAUCACUACAAACCCCAGAAAGAGGAUGAGGUUGAAUUAAGAAAGGGAGAUUACUACAGUGUGAUAGAGGCCUGUCUAGAUGGAUGGUUCAAAGGUCGAUGUCUCAAGACUGGCAAAGCUGGGGUCUUCCCUGGAAAUUAUGUACAGCAAGCCAGGUCUCCUUCUGCUGGUGGUUUACCCAAUAAUGUCCAGAAUUUACGUGCCAAAACAUCAUCAUCCAACUCAAAGUCUUCGUCAAGGCAAGAAAUGUCAUCCAGACCAGAACAGGCAAGUUCUGCCAGGCAAGACAACAGUGCUUCACAUAAACAGGGGACUCACAACUCCAGACUGGAUGGUCCGCCGUCAUCAUCAUCCAGACAAGAACAGUCUGCCAUCUCCAAACCUUUACCUACAUCGUCAUCAAGUUCAUCAUCCGGGUCACAGGUGCCCCCUGUCAAGUCUUCUCACAAACCUCACCUCCCUCCCCCCUCCUCAGCCUCACUGUCCACAGAGGCUAACCCUGACAGAAUGUUAAACUCACAAAUGUCGUCCACAUCUCAUACUGCAGACCAUUUAUCAUCACAGGCUAGAAGUGUUCCCAAACCUGUCUAUAUCAAAGCAUCCAAAAUGAGUCCUUUAAGAACCACUUCAUCUGAUGUGCAGGGAUUAGCAGCUAACGCAGUGGUCAUACCACCUAACUCGGUGAUCAGUAAAACAGGACCAGUGGUUGGAGUCAAUGGACCAGGAUCUUUGGUCCCCAGUGUACAGAUAACAGAUCCUGUGGGAGCCUCGGGGGAGUCUUCAUCAUCAAACAAGAGAGAGAAAAAAGAGAAAGAAAAGUUAAGCCUUGUAAAGAGACUGACUUCUGGGAAGGGUAGGAAGGCCAGGUCCACCCCAGACAGUGAGGGAGCCUUACCCUCGGGAAAAGUAGCUCAUACAAGGUCUGGAUCGUAUCCAUCUGAGGUGGCCACGUCUGUAGAAGGCCAACAUGUUAAGACUGGAUCUUUUGAUUCCUCUGUACACCCUCCUCUCGGGUCAAAACAUCACAAACAAAAGUCCCUCAGUCGAGAAAAAUACCGAUGUAAAGAGCCGUAUCCUGCCCAACACGUAGUAGAGCUGGACCUAAUGUUGGGAGACAUUGUUUACGUGACAAAGAAACGCGAGGAUGGCUGGUUCAAAGGAACACUGCAGAGAAGUGGAAAGACAGGGUUAUUUCCUGGAAGCUUUGUGGAAAAAGUGGAUCAAUGACAUUUCAACAUUACUUCUGUAGGGACGGUUUGACUAGAUAUGCAAUUGCUAAACCUUCCCAAGGCUCAGGAAAAUAGAAAGUUUGUAGACAGCGUGACUGUGGAUUUUCCUACCUUGAAGGUUCACUCAUCAUGCAGUGGGGAAUAAGACAUGUCAGAUACAAAUGUGAUAGUUGAUGUAUUUUUUAUACACAAAAUUGCAUUAAGUUUAUUCACAUGAAUAAGUAAGUUCAUUUAAACUUCAGGUUUUGUCCUAAUAUUACAAUGAUUUUAACAUCAUCCUUUUCAUGCACACAUGUUGUACAGGAAAACGUUUUCUUAUUAUUUAGUAUAUAAACUGCCAUUUUGUGCAUUUUUGUGUAUUAGAUAUUAUUGAUGCAAUAUUUUAAAUAUUGAGUUAAAUAUUUUCAUUUCCUGCCUUUGACAUCUUAGUUCAUGUGUUAGUUGAACAAUAACUGAAAAAUGUAGGAUGCUAACCUCACUUUCACUUUCUUUUGUUAUAUGCAAGUAUCUCUCAUUCACUCUUGAUAACUAAGGGCAUUUUAUUUCUUUGAAUAAACAUUGAUUUUUAUUUCCUAUAUAUGAAUAGGCUGUAUGUUGUUAUUUGAAUCUGUAGUUUCC